AUGAAGUUGUACGGCAUAUUCCUCAUCGCUGCGGCCAUGGUGAGCGCCGUUUCGGCUGAAAUUUGCAUGAGUGCUCCUGACUCUCCUGAGACGCAGACCCCGGAGACACAGCACCCGGAGACGCAGACCGAGGUGCCGGCCACAGACUCUCCCGUGAAGACACAGGACGACUCUAUGAAGCAGAGCUUCAAGGCUAAUGAUGCCGACACAUCUGUGCUGGGUGCGGAUGAUGCUACGCAGCAAGUAACGCAGCAGGAGCCCAUUUCGGGUGCGAUACAAACAUUGGCUGGCAACGUUGUAAGUUCAUACUCGUACACGGGUGUGAAUUGCGGUGGUCCCGGUUCAUACGAUCAAGUGACAAACAUUGGAUCGUGUUCAAAGACGACGGUCAAGACAACGAGCCCCGUGUCUCCUCUGGACACUGGUGUUACGCUUGCCUUCCGUGGCUGCAUGACCAUCUUUAACAUUGCGGUGUUUGAUGGGAACAAGGGCUCGUGGAGCAAAGUUUCGUCGUACGAGAAGGGUGGUGCCGCCACCAACAUGGUGUUCCUCAACAACGAGAAUGUCGACUACUCGGGAGCUACCUCGCCUGAAGGUUUCUGUAAGGCGGACGGCACGGGUGUAGCCAAUGAGUCGACUCCAUUCGGCGGCACUCUAGCUGAGGCCACGAAGCAUGGUGGUACGUCGAUUCUUGCUUCCCAGGCCACUGGCACUGAGGUGCACAUCAUGACCGAGAAGCGGUGCGGUGUUGAUGUCGAGUGCGAGGGUGCUUACGACAAAGACGGCACGGCGUUCCAGGGAUGGACUGGCGGCAAGAAGAUUUUCUUGACGAAGGUGUCGAUGGGGAAUUGUCGUGCUCCCAAUGUACCUGCUAUCUGGAUGCUCCCCGACCAGGCUACCCAUUCAGGCCAGUACAGUUGCAACUGUCGUGGCAUGGGUCCCGCUGGCGGCUGCGGUGAGCUCGACAUCGCCGAGGUGCUGGAGAAGGACACGAGCUUUAUAUCCACGCACUACUACUUCUACGACGGUACGUACAACCCGGGAAAUGACCAGUUCGGUAAGCGCCCCGUUGACGGCCCAACCACUUACGUGACCAUCAUCGACGAGGAUUACGGUGUCAAGGUUCUUGAGAUUGGCGCUGACGACUUCGACUUCAGCUGCGGCGCCAUCUCGGACGACGUUGUCAAGCAGUGGGAGGCCGCUAAGUAG